UGGUGCCAUAUGGGUGUGGAUCUAUAAAUAUAGAGGAUCACAGCAGUCCGACUAGACUGGAACGGUCCUCUACUUGAACUCAGCUCACAUACAACAGGAAACAUGAACAAAGUCUUUCUUGGACUCUUUGCAGUUGCUCUUUAUUUCGCAGUGGGUCAGGCACUGCAGUGUUAUGAGUGUAAUCUGGGUUUGUGGAAUCUCUGCAUUACAAGCAAAAAGACGUGUGAUGCCGGACAGCAGUGCUUCAGCGGGAUAGGGAAAGCUGGUGGAUUAGUGGAUAUUAAGAUGAAAGGAUGUCUUGAAGUGUCCAAAUGCAACAAAACUGAACAGGUGAAUUUCCCGUCCAACUCAAGCACCAAUGUGUACCAGAUGAUGAAGACGUGCUGCUCUGCUGACCUGUGUAACUCCGCUCCGGCUCACUUUCAUGUGUCUGCCCUCAGCUUGGCCUUCACUGCCAUUAGCUCGCUCUUCAUGGUCAAACUCCUCAUUUGAGGAGGAUACACAGCACCACUGAGCAAAUCAUGCAUACUAAACAAGUCAAAUUCAUUAGUUGCAAAAUAAUCUAUGGAAUUAAUACAUUUUCAGUAGAUUGCCCAGUAGUGAUACUUUCAACAUACCAUCAUUUUCUGCAUAGAUACAUAGCUUAAAUCUGUUGAAUAUCAGCAAUAAAGGCCAUUCUGACUAUAGAUAAGCUCCUCACCCUACUAACAUUAAUUAAAACCAACAAUACAUAGUUAGGUGGUUUACACACACAUGCACACACACACACACACACAGACAUGCACAUAUGUCAGCAUGCAAUCUAACAGAUUCUUUGACCUUUCUUUAGGGGCGUUUGAGAAAUAAAAACCUUAUUAAAUAAACAACCUUCAGAUGUUGAUAGCAGCUUGCUGUGUGUUUGUAUGAUAAAAUUUCUUCUGAGGUCCUAGUUUUUGUAACCAUUUAAUUUGAAUGUUGGGGUUUCGUCUAUAGUACUGUACAUGUGUGCAAAUUCAUUUACACAGGACGUUCUUCAUUUUUUUUUUUUUUUUGUAUUCUGUUAAUGUGUUUCUUUACAUUGCUUACUGAAAGAAAUGUAUGUAAAAUGCAAGAAUUUAGGAAGAAAGGUUUUUUUGGUGGUGCUGGUGGUGGGGGGGUCACAGAAUGCAGCACUUGCAUGUUCUGACAAAUGACCUGUUUUAGUUGCCAUCAUGCUGUGUGAAAACAAUGCAAAUAUAAGAGCAAUAAAAUAGUAGUUAAUAAAAGUAAAA